CUAAACAUAGUAACUGUGUAACCCCUCCCAUUCCAUUCGUAAGAGGGGGAUUUUGUUUAGAAAAUAUUGACGUUCUAAUUCAUCGUUUUUGUUUCAGCUAUGGCAAUAUAAUUACAGAAGUAUAUUUUAAUUCUAUUAACAAUCAGUUUUAAUCUGCAAUUACGCUCAUUACAAAAUGGAGUUCGAUUCUCCAUCAGAAGAUGUGUUGGAUUUUUUAUUUGAUGAAAGCUGUGGACUUCUCAACGGAGACAUAACACCAAACAAUAUUGGAAAGCAAACCUUUAUGGACAGUUUCAAUGAUACAAAUCUUUUUGAAUCUGAUACCAGUGUUCACAAUUUUACUUUAGGAGACUUGGAUCUUUUGAGUGAUAAUUUGUUUGAAAGUCUUAUUAAUACUGAACCUGUUUCAUCUGUUGAUGGUGAACCUCCUACAAAAAGACAAGCAUUCCAUUCAGAUCAUGACUAUAUAGCACACAAGUCACCAAGUGAACAUAGCGACAGUGGCAUAUCAGUUGUUUCAGACGAUUCUGGCUUAAGCCCAAAGUUAGAAAAGAAUAUGACAGAUGAUCAACUGGAGUAUUUUUCCUCUGGAUGUUCAGACAAGGGUCUCAGUCCGUCCUACACAGACAAUAGCAUUUACGAUAUGUCAGAUGACAUGAACAGCACUAAGAUGAGAGCUGUAACCUCCAGCCAGAGCCACAGCGUUGACACCACAACAGCAGAUUUAGAUGACUACAAGUUUUCAUAUGGAAAUGAUGAUGACAUAUCUAUUGACUUUGAUCUAGAUGACCUGAGUCAGUCAGACAUGACAUCCGAUGUCCACUCAACUGGAACACAGUCAGUCUUCAUUUUUAAUGGCUCAAGUAAACGGGUCAUACCUGUUCAGAGGGCUGCAAAGAAAGAUGUUGCCUUACCAUUUACAGUCAAAGACAUUGAUCCUCAUGUCUCUAGCUCCUCUAAUUUCCCAGAACUUAGACUAACAGAUGAAGAGAAAGAGUUACUUGCUAGGGAAGGGGUUACACUCCCAACAAAUUUACCUUUAACUCGAGACGAAGAAAGAGUUCUUAAGGCAGUAAGACGGAAAAUAAGAAAUAAGAUCUCCGCCAAAGAGAGCCGUAAAAGAAAACAAGGUUAUGUGGAUGGUCUAGAGCAGAGGGUCAAGCUGUGCACAGCUGAGAACAGAGAGCUCAUCAAGAAGGUGGAAACUCUGGAGAAACAGAAUGUAUCAUUAAUUACACAGUUAAAGAGACUUCAGUCUUUAGUGGGAAAAUCCAGGAUUCCUGCUCAAGCAUCUACCUGUGUCAUGGUGAUGCUGUUGUCAUUUGCUUUGUUUAUUGUACCAACACUGAACCCAUUUGGGACUAAUGAUGGAACCAACUCACCAAGUGCUGGGUCUAAUGUCAUCAGAGGCAAGGCCAGAAGUCUACUUGAACAUGAAGGCCCCAGCAGCAAUGAUGUGGACGAGGAUCCUUAUGGCGUCAGUUCUCGUAUCAACACACCCUGGGACAAACCAGCAGCCCUGCACAUGUCUAUGCCCAAGAUAGAAGAUGCUGUCUACAUAAAAGAUGAGGUUAAGGCUGUUCAUAAGUCUGAGGUUGAUAACAAAGCUGAUCAGAUGUUGGAUGUAACAGGGAGUGAUGUGGCAUUAGAGCAACCAGUGGAUGGAGUAAGGGAGGCAAACAGGAAUCAGAACAUUGAAGCUAUGAAUGGAACCUUGACAGAAUCAGUACAACAGACAACAUUAACUGUGUAAUCAAAAGAUCACUUUCCUCUAGUGGAUAAUUUCUGAGAUCACAUGAGCCUACAUAUCAACAUUUACAUUGUUGAUGUCUGAUCAAUACAAUAGUAUAAUUGACAAACUGAUACCGGUAACUAUUUAUGGAUACAAAAUUACAAGAAACCAAUUUGUAGAUUUAUAACUAUGGAGUAUAAAAUUGUUUUAUUUAAAGAAUAGAAGGUAAGGUUGUUUUUUUUUUUCAGCUCAUCAAUUAUUGUUAAACAUUUGUUAUGAAAAUCAGAAUAACUGUAUAGAUGAUGAAAUGUUAGAAAAUAGACUGUAACAAAUAUCAUCAUGAUUAAGAUGCGCAUGAGUAACAAAUCUCAUCAUAAUAAGAAGCGCAUGAGUUAGAAACAGUUUCAUGUAAGUGCAGUAGUCAAAUAUUUCACUCAAAUGUGUAUGAACUGCUGGUUAAUUUUUUUUCACAUAACUGACUAUUACCCCCGAAUUCUAAAAAUGGAAAAAAUCAUUCAUCAAUUUUGAAUAUAUGCAUACUUCAUAUGUAAAAUAAUAUCAUACAGAUCAUUGAUUGAGUCUAAUGACCCACAUUUUUUUUUUAAAUCAGCAAAAUUAACAACCUUACUUCAUAACUUGUUGCAAGAAUUUGUUUGAAUGCAAAGGCAGCACUUUUAAAAAUGUGUCAUACAGUUUCAAAUAGUUUAUAACCAUUUUAGUUAAAGAUGAGUAAUUGCUUGUUUUAUGCAAGUCAGCGUUGUAUUGUUGUAAAAUUUUACAUUGAUUAUUGUACUGUGGAAAGCAAUGCUUGUUUAUCAUUUUUAUGAAAAUUUAUCAUUACACUUUGGCCAAAUUGUUGUAGCCUGGCAUAAUUUUUGUGACAGUAGGCUUGAAAAGCUGGUUCCAAAUUUUUGUUGCCAGAAGGCAUAUUUUUCAACUAAAAUUGAAUAUUUUAUAAUAUUUGUGAAAUAAGUACUAAAUGACUACUGGUUUUAUUAAUGCUGGAAAUAGUCAAACAAAUAAUUACUAGUAAUAUAAUUGUAAUUUAGCAAACACUUUUAUUUUUAAUUUGGAUUAGUAAAGUCAGGCGUUGUGGUGAUAGGGGAUGUAAUAUUAUUUAAUAUAAAUGAACUACUUUCACUUUUGUGUAUUUUAUCUCGGAAAACCUUUGUUCUGACUUUCAUUUUUUUACCUUCCCUGGCUAUUCUAGUUGACUUAAAAGAGAAUUUGCUGGUGGUUUUUGAAAAUAUUUGAAUUGAUAAAGUAAUUUUAUUCGGCUUUUCAACAGCUUAUAUUUACUACAAAAAUAUAAGAAAAUGACUGUAAUUGACGGUUCCCAGACAGCUUAAAUUUUUAAAAAUGUAACUAUAAUUUUAUCCCUUGCGAUAUUUUUAAAAAGAUAAUUUUUAAAAUUUACUACGAUUACAUAGUUUUCAAGCCUAUUGUCAUCAGUCAUAACUUUUCUGUUAUUCUUAUCUCACUUUUUAAUGUCACUCAUUUUUUGUUCAUACCAAAAAGAUGGUAUCCCAACAUUCUCUGUAGUAGCAAUAAACAAAUAAUUUUAAAAAAACAAGAGCUACCAUAGUAGACAUGUUGGACAGUGUUUGUGAAUAUCAAUGUUAAAAAUAACUGUAUACUGACAUGUUAUCCUCCACUCAAAAAACUGCAUGACAUUACCUACCCUGGUCUACUACUAAUUGACCCUAUACCUAAAAUGGUUAGGGAUACGGAGCUGAAUUUGGAAAUGGAUAUUUAAUUACAAGUAUAAAUAAAUCUUAUGGGGGGUGGGUAGGUAAUUGACCUGGAGAAUAUGUCCUAGACAUAUGAAGUAAAAUGUGUAUGUGUAAUAUUUGUUGCACAAAGUAUUUAAUGUUUAGUAUUAAAAGCUGUUCAUAUUAAUGGAGGUCUGACAUUUUUCUUGUAAAUAUUGGUUUAUUUUUAUGUAUAUUUUUAGAAUGUUGUUGCUAUUACAUGUGGUCUUUAAUGCUUUAUUGAGCAAAUGGAGUAUGGUUGCUAUCAAGUAACUGCAACAAAAAUAUUUUCAGGCUGUGCUUUUAUUUGUUAUACCUAUAUUUUUGUUUCUAAUUUUUUACUUUUUGUUGUCCAUCUGUGUUCUUGUGUUAUAUUAAUGAAAUUUUAAAUUGUAAAUACUUCAUUUUAAUAAAACACAAUUUCAGUGCAUUA